GCAUCCGAGGCGGUGAUUCUGCAAGCGGGACACGUGGAAGCGAGCUGUGGGGAGGCUGAGGGGUCUCCAGACAAGAACAGCUGGGAGGUUUGCAGCAGGACCUGGAGAAUCCCUCAGGAUGAAGCUGAGUCUCACCAAGGUAGUUAAUGGCUGUCGCCUAGGAAACAUAAAAAACCUGGGCAAAACAGGGGACCGCACAAUGGACAUUCCAGGCUGCCUUCUAUACACCAAGACUGGCUCUGCCCCACACCUGACCCAUCACACGCUGCAUAGUAUCCACGGGGUUCCUGCCAUGGCUCAGCUUACACUGUCAUCACUGGCAGAAUAUCACGAAGUCUUGACAGAAUAUAAGGAAGGAGUUGGAAAGUUUAUAGGCAUGCCAGAAUCGCUCUUGUACUGCUCCCUGCACGAUCCAGUCAGCCCCUGCCCAGCUGGUUAUGUAACAAACAAGUCUGUGUCUGUGUGGGGUGUUGGAGGACGAGUGGAAAUGACUGCUUCCAAGUUCAUGGCAAUUCAGCAGGCCCUUCAGCCAGACUGGUUCCAGUGCCUCUCAGAUGGAGAAGCAUCUUGUGCGGAAGCAAGUUCCAUAAAAAGAGCCAGGAAGUCUGUUGACCGAUCGCUGCUAUUCCUGGAUCAUUGUCUGCGGCUGCAGGAAGAGUCAGAGGUCCUUCAGAAAAGUACGAUCAUUGGAGUGAUUGAAGGUGGAGAUGUGAUGGAGGAGAGGCUGAGGUCAGCACGAGAGACAGCCAAGCGGCCUGUAGGUGGCUUCCUUCUGGAUGGCUUUCAAGGGAACCCAACAACUCUGGACGCUAGACUGGACUUGCUGUCGUCAGUUACCACGGAGCUGCCGGAAGACAAACCGAGGCUCAUCUGUGGCGUUAGCCUGCCAGAUGAGGUGCUCGAGUGUAUUGAAAGAGGAGUGGACUUAUUUGAGAGUUUUUUCCCUUAUCAAGUGACAGAGCGGGGAGGUGCCCUGACUUUCAGCUUUGAUUACCAGCCGAAUCCUGAGCAGACAUUAUUACAACAAAAUGGGACUCAGGAAGAAAAACAAUAUGUGGAUCAGUCAAAGAAAAUGAAAACAGCCAGUGGCAACCAAGAAAUGACAUCAUUUGAAAUUAAUCUGAAGGAAAAAAAGUACCGGGAGGACUUUGACCCAUUGGUGAGAGGGUGUUCCUGUUACUGCUGUAAGAACCACACUCGUGCUUACAUUCAUCACCUGCUGGUCACCAAUGAACUGUUGGCCGGAGUCCUGCUUAUGAUACACAACUUUGAACACUACUUUGGAUUUUUCCACUCUAUCCGGGAAGCACUGAAGAGUGACAGGCUGGCACAGCUGAAGGAGCUCAUCCGCAGGCAAGCAUCUUGAGCCUGGCAUACAGGUCUGACUUCACAUUGAGCCAGUACCACUGUUGUUAUGUGGGAAGCAGAGAACAAGAAACGAUCUUAGCUUUCAUCGUUUAUAUUUGAGAAUACGAUCUGCUCAGAUAAGGAACGUCUGUACCAAACUCUGCCCACAGGAGGCUAAAGAGCUUUUUUCUGAAGACUUAAGUGACCUGGAUUGAUCAGAAAGAAUUGAACCAUGACCUUUAAUAUUUCUGUGCUAACUCUUUUAGUCAGUAGAGAUUUGUUUAGUCAGAAGCCUUAGAUGUGAAGAGACAGCCUUGAAGUGGCAGUGAUGAGAUUCUGAGGGUACACUGAGUUGCAUUGGAGCUUGAAGGGAGAUGAUUGGUCAUGAGCAGCAUGGCCUUGUGGCCUCAUGCCUAUUGACUGGAGAAGGAAUCUGCUUCAUUCAGGCGUUUUCUUUAAUUCCAUGUGCUCAGGGGCCUCUUUUGGGUACUUCUGCCUUCCAAGCUGCUCCAGCAGAAUAGUCAGUCAGCAGUGGCUCUUUCGAUUUAACCAGGCGCACAUCUCCAUGGAACGUGGGGCUCACACAUUGCUCCUCUGACGGAUUGCUCCAAUGCACACUCCUUCGUUUGGCUACAUGGUCUAUUUCUGACUUGUCUCCCUAGAGCUAACUGGAAGCUUCCCUAGCUGCGUCUGGUUGUGCAGGUCCACUAUAGUCUGCCCUUUAGGUUCAAUAAUAGUCUGACCACAUAAUAACUGUAGCCUCAUCACUUGGGGAGAUUCCUCCACCAUAUGUUCACUUGGAUAGAGCUUUGGACUGGCAGUUAGAGGAUUGGGGUUCAGUGCUACCCACCUACCUCUUCAUGCCUGUUUCCUCCUGAAUAAUUGGGGACAGGCAUGUGGAUAGGACUAAAUGAACUUCUGAGAUUCCAUCUAACUCUAAUAUUUGGGAAACAAAUAGUUAUAGAUCAGAGUCAUAACCUUACUUAUAGUUCUUGCUUAUUGAUCACCAUUGAUCUGAUGAAAAUGCAGCGGAGCCAGGAGUCAGGCAAUACUAGAGACAUUUCAGAGUCUAAAAAGAGGUUUGGCUGUGGAUUUUGAAGUGGCUGGUGAAUUGGCAUUAGCAGAUCCUGAGGCUGGAAAGACCUUCCUGGAUCAUCUCUGAUCCUGUGAGUUUUUUUACUCUUCCCAAAGGAGUGACAUUCAUGUUGAUGGUUGUGACAGUGAUUUGUAUAUUUUUCUAUAUUUAUGAAGUUUUCUAUAAGAACAUACCUACACAGCCCUGUCUGGUGUGGCUCAGUUGGUUGGGCAUUGUUCCAUGCACCGAAAGUUGCUUGUUCGAUCC